CGCGUCCAACAUCCCCGUAAGUUUUAAACUGAUGGAUUGCACGCACUCAAGCUGCAUAGCGACUAACAGUCACUGUAGAAGCCAUUAAUUAACGAAGAAAGUAAAACGCCGUGAAAUGGCGCCAAAGAAGAAACCCGAGUCUGAUCCUCAUGGAAUGUUCAGUGGCAUGGUCGUGUUUUUGGUCCCCAAAGGAGUUCAAUCCCGUCGAUUCCAGAUUUGGAAGGAAAGGUUGGUGCAAAUGGGGGCUGUGAUAGAGGAGCGCUUCUCCAAACGGGUCACUCAUGUUUUUGCUAUGCACUCAGAUGCCCUUCUUCAGCAACUGGAUAGGGAGCGUUUGUCACGUUUUAAAGGGAGAGUUCUCCUUUAUCAAUGGUUGGAGGACUGCUUGAAAUCAGGGGAGAUACUAUCAGAGGAUAUGUAUUUACUGAAGUUGGAUUCUCAAGGUGAACAUAUACCUGAGAAGUCUUUGGACCCUGGACUGACUAAUCAAAGGACUUCAAGCGAUCUUCAACAAUUGCUUAAUAAAAAGAGCAAAUUAUCUACUGAGGAUACAAAAAUUGUAAAAAAUGAAAGCCAUGAUGAUGAUGGAAAAGAAAAAGCGGUAUUUUCAUCAACAAGCACAAUAAGCAGUCAUGGUGAAGUUGACAGUUUAAGUUAUGGAAACACAAGACAACAACACCUUGAUGCUGAAAAUGAGGCCUCAUCCUUAUCAUACCAUCCACCUGAUCUAAACAAGAACAUAACAGAGAUAUUUGGGAAACUUGUGAACAUAUAUAGAGCAUUGGGUGAUGAUCGGAGGUCCUUUAGCUAUCACAAAGCUAUUGCCGUGAUUGAAAAGUUGCCAUUCAAAAUUGAAAGUACCGACCAGAUAAACAAUCUGCCAUCUAUUGGCAAAUCAAUGAAAGAUCAUGUUCAGGAGAUAAUGACUACUGGGAAGUUAUCCAAAUUGGAACACUUUGAAACUGAUGAGAAGGUGCGGACAAUAUCGUUAUUUGGAGAAGUAUGGGGCAUAGGCCCAUCCACAGCACUGAAAUUGUAUGAGAAGGGACAUCGUUCGUUAGAUGAUCUUAGGAAUGAUGACUCACUUACAAAUGCACAGAAGUUAGGGUUAAAAUACUUUGAUGAUAUCGGGCAACGGAUUCCACGCCACGAGGCUCAGGAGAUGGAACACAUUUUACAGAAAGUUGGGGAGGAUGUUUUGCCUGGGGUUGUUAUCAUUUGUGGGGGAUCAUAUCGACGUGGGAAAGCUACUUGCGGAGACAUUGAUAUCAUUAUAACACAUCCUGAUGGAAAAAGCCACAAAGGAUUUUUGCCAAAGUUCGUAAAGCAUUUAAAGGAUAUGAAUUUCCUGAGGGAGGACUUAAUUUUCAGUAGUCACAGUGAAGAGGCUACUGAUUCUGGUGUUGACACUUAUUUUGGUUUUUGCACCUAUCCUGGACGGGAGUUGCGGCAUCGUAUUGAUUUAAAGGUGUACCCAAGAGACAUAUAUGCUUUUGGACUUGUAGCUUGGACUGGAAACGAUGUCUUGAAUAGAAGGUUGAGGCUGCAAGCAGAAUCUAAAGGAUUCCGGCUUGACGAUACAGGGCUAUUUCCAGCUACUCAGGGUUCUGGCGGCAAACGGGGUGCAAAAGGUAGUGCAAGUUUGAAAUUUAAUACUGAAAAGGAGAUAUUUGAUUUCCUAGACUUCCCUUGUCUUGAACCACAUGAAAGAAAUCUCUAAGUAUAGAGAUGGUUAGUAAGAAAUCUCUUGCUAGCUCUCAGCAUUCAACCUUGUAGAAUAUGUUGAUGUAUUUAGCAAAUGGCUUUUUGGUUAGUAAGAAAUCUCUUGCUGCUUUGUAAAUAAAUAUACUCGCAGGAUACAAUUCACGUAUCUGACUUAGUAUAUAUUUUUGUACAAAAAAUGGUUCUAUAAGAUGAGAACAGUUUUGACGUA